AUGGUAACACGUAUAGAAUUGGGUGACGAAUAUCGUCGUAUCGGUGAAUAUCAACAAGCAAUUGAUUACUAUCAAAGAGCGAUCCGACUGUCACACACGAAAAAUGCUUUCGAUGAAAACGCCGCGUUUGCACAUCGAGCCAUUGCUGAGAUAUUCGUUAAUCCAGAAAUGAAUGAGAAUAAACGUGCCAUCGAACACGCGAAAAAGUAUUUGGAAUAUGCCACUAGAGCGAAACAAGUUCACUUAAUACAACUUGCCUAUCACGUUCUCGGAUGGAUCUAUCUUCAAGUCUAUUUGAAUUCAUCAACUAGCAAGCAUGAUUCUCUUCUCGAGAAGGGUAAACACUGGUGCGAGAAGUGUAUAACGUAUUUGGCAGAAAAAGGACACGAGAUCGAUUCCGACCAGAGAGCGGUUCGUAUCGGAAACGAUUCCCUAUGUCGUCGCGCACGUGUCCGUCAGGUCUUGUCCCAAAUCUGUGAUAAACUCGGUCUAUUUCAACUGGCACGUACACAUCAUAAUGCUGUUAUGGCUUAUGCUAUGCAAUACAGAUGUUUGUUAUCAAAGCUGGAUUUUGCCGGUGAACAACGACUCAAAACUGCCAUCGAAUUGGUUCACGUGGCCAAAAACUUAUCGAAUCGUGAGCUAAUUGAAACACAACUCAUUCUUGCGCAGGAAAAAGCACGAGUGAAAGACUUCGAAGGUGCGAAAUGGGAUCUGAUAUCAAUGUAUUCAAGUAAAAGCUAUACGAAGUUAGAUAUCAAUGAACAAUUUUCAUUUCAACAACUUCUUAUUGUUGUUUACAAAACAAUGGAACGACUCAAGGAAAUCAGUCAGUUCGGUGAGCGCAGAAAAGCUCGAGUUUACGAGAAAAUUGCUGAUGAGUUUUAUAAUAUUGAUCUUCGAGAAGUGUCAUUAGAUUUCUAUAAGUUGAUGUCAAACUGUUCGUCAACGGCUACUUUGAAUGAACGGAUCACUGCGUUGGUGUCAGUUGCGGUCACUGCAAAAGAGUUGAAUCGUUUUGAAGAAGCCUAUCAAAAUUUCAUCAAGGUCGAUUCAUUGGAAUCACAGCUUCGUAGUCUUUCCGAUAGAAAGCGUGCUGAGACAGCCAUUUGUAUUGCAACAACAGCAUCUUUCGUGAAAACUUUAUCGAACUGUCGUGUCAUGGAACUUUUCAGAAAGGCCGAAUCGUUGGCUGUUACGAAAACACAGAAGAUAAUGCCUGUUUUCGAAAUUGAUGAAUGCUUUCAGUACGAUUUAUACGAAGUAAUGCUGGAAUAUCUACGCAAAACAAACGCAGAUGAAAGUUUAAUUGAGCUAACUGAAUGUAAAAUGAACGAAGCGAAACGGGAAAUGGAUCGAAAUACAUGCGAUAACGAUGAUAAUGAUAGUGAUAGCGAUAAUGAUGCACGAAGUUCGUACUCUGAUGAAUGGGAUGAGAUGGGUGAGAGUGAAAUCAUGGAGAGAUGCUUAACGGAAUCAACGAAGCGAAGUGUUGACGAGCGAAUAAAACGUGAAAAAGAUAAGGUGAUAAACUCGUACGGUGAGACGAGACUGCAUGAGGCAGCUCGUGGAGAUGAUUGUGAUUACUUGAAAACACUGAUAAAUGCGUCUGGAAGUGGUGAUGGUGAUAAAACCACUCUGAUUAUAUUCGUUCAGUGGUCAUACAAGCNGUUUGUGAUAAUGAUAAUAAUAAUAUUGAAGGGAUACAACUUGAAUGCGCAAGAUGAGGGUGGAUGGACACCUUUGCAUGAGGCAAUCGGUGCCCAAAAACUAGAAAAUGUGCGGAUAUUGCUUGAAUCGGGUGCGAAACCGGAUAUUCGAUCGCGUGAGGGCACUCUUUCGGCUGACGGGAAACGAACCGUAAUCUCUAUUAUACAUUUCUUAAUAUUCAAUGCAUUUAAAACAAGCAGUGGUGCUUUGAUUGAAAUGUCACGUUUGAAGGACAGUGGUGGUUUGACGCCCCUAAUGGAGGCAUGUGAUCGUGGAGCAACGUCAAUGAUCAGUCUACUGCUGAAAUUCAACGCAAAAGUUCAAAUCAAAAAUCCUGAUCAGUGGAUGGCGAUUCAUUUUCUGCGUAAUGCAAUACGAGGUGGUAUGGUUGAAGAUGAGGAUUUACAAGAGGCGAAACGACUCGAGUCUGCGAUGGAGAUGAAGUUGAAACAAGCGAAUGUUCGAACGAAUGAUAGUAUUAACGUGAUUCCUCCGAAACGAUUGGCGAUCGAAAGAAGUGAGAAGCAGAAAUGCAACAAGAGAAACGAAGAGGAUCAACGUGGAACGUCUUUAAUCAACGUCGACGACGAUGCGUUACUGUAUGCGGACGAAUGCAACAAAGAACCCGUUCUGAAUCAUGUUCACAGCUUUGAUUCAGUUGUGGUUCGAAAUGAUGGAACGACAAUGGAAAGUCAGCGAAUUUCUGUGGUGGAUGAUGACGAUUCUGAUGGAUUUCUGUACGAUGAUAUCGACGAAUUAGGGAAAGAUAUACACACAUCGCGUACCAAAUCAUCACGAAGCACAACUGAUGAUGUCAGUUUUCCACCGAUAAUAUCGUCCAGAACACAGCAACAGAACACAAGUAAAACUUCUCGUAAACGUCAUUCAUCUACCUUCACAUCGCUAUCAUCCUCUCAUACGGAUCAACCGAGAUCGUCUGCAUCCAAACAGAUGUUAUCAGAUGACGAGAUGCUCUCAGAUGCGAGCGAUAGAGUCGAUGUAUCGGUCGAUUGGACUGUUGAUAACGGCGAUAGGGAUGGAUCGUUACCAUCGACGAGAAACGUUAUUGUGAAGUCAGCCACACGCCGAAAUCCAACUGCUACGAAUAGAGCAUCGAGGGUAACGGUGAAUCAGAGCAAUGAUAAUGCAACAACAUCAAGGGAGUGUGUAUCUUCAUCGGUGCCCUUAUCAACACCUUUAUCAGCGUCCUCGUCUUCGUCGUCAUUGGUUGACAACGUCAACAGUCGUUUACUUUUAAUUAAAGUGGUGUUCGUUGCUCAUCCCAGUGGUAUGCGUUUGAAAACGAAAGCCAUUCCAUUCGCCAGCACGAUUCGAAUAGCGGAAGUGAAGGAACGAUGCAAGGCUGAGAUGAGUGCAGACGGGCAAUUUGAUGCGUUGCAUUUGUUCGAUAAGGAUAGCAGUGACGGUUGUGAGUGUGAGCUGGACGAUGAGACACCGCUCGAUCUCAUCAUUCAGCAAAAAACGAAUUACCAGUUCGAGUGCAGACUUUUCGGUUGGAUGCCACCGUCCGCUGCACAUUUGUAUAGCAUUAAAACAAAAUGUAAGAUGAAUGAUAUUGUGAAGGCAUUAUCAGAAGCAAUGACCAGCGGUCGGUUGUGUUUAACGAAUAUCAGUUUGAAUACAAGUGGUGAUGAUGACGAUAAACAAGCAUUGAUAUGCGCACUGAAGGCAUUCAAAUGUAACUCAUUAUCCUCAGUUCUUAUUAAUAAUAAUCUCAUUUCGAAUCAUUUCAUCGAAAGUAUUGCUCAACAUGGAGGCAGUUUGCAAAAUUUAUCGAUGCAAUGUUGUCAAUUAAAUAGUAUGAGCGUUCGACUACUAUUGGAAUCAAAUCCGGCUCGAAAUUUCGCUCAGUUAACAUAUCUGGAUUUGAGUUACAAUGAAAUAGGCACUGAUGAUGGUUUGAAUGCUCUGAUAAGUGUUUGUGCGAAUCUGGUACAUCUCAGUUUGGUAUCUUGCAAUCUUCAGACUUCGACUGUUUCGCAACUGAUUCAAACUAUUCAAGGUUGCAUAAAUCUGAAAGAUUUGAAUUUGAGUCAAAAUCUGUCGGUUCAAUCAGAGCAUAUAACAACAAUAUUGGAUUCAGAUUUGAAACUUGAGCGUUUGAAUAUUGCUGCGAGUGGAGUCGACGAAAUUUAUACGGUUCAGCGUGAAAGUGGAUUAAUGCAGCUGAAUAUGUCGAUGUGUGAAUUGGAUGAUGGUAACGAUGCAAUUUUGGAAUGUUUAUUGAACUGUUGUCAUCAACUUCAAAGCGUUGACCUUAGAGCGACGAAUCUCACUGUUACACAGCUGCAACAUUUCUGUAAACAAAAAGCAAAUAAGGCGAGUUUUUACCUUUGUUAUUAUUUACCAAUCACAACGUUGAAACUACAAGGAUGUUCGGAUAUCGAGGCGAAAUUUGAAGAGUUUGUCUCGAUGUUAAGACUCGAAAUAAGAACCGAUUUUGCGGUGAGAUUCGAGCUGUGCGAGCAGUUAAGGAUGAAACUUCUUGAUGCAUUAUCUCAGUCAUUUGCAUUUUGUUUCGUGUAA